AUGGGGUUCUUUGGCAAGAAGGACGGUCCCCUCGACCCCCAUGCCGGCAGCAAUGCGCCGGACGACGAUAUCAGAGAAGCCCCGGCCCUCAGCGAUCCGGAAAAGCAAAUGCCGACCCACGAUGACGAUGUGCAGACCGCGCUGCCGCCCAUGCCUGCGCCGGCGAUCGACAUCGAUCCCGCCAUAGAGAAACGAUUGCUGCGAAAGCUCGAUUGGAGGGUCCCGACGCUUCUGGGGUUUUUGUGUAGGACACGUUUUCAUCUUCUUGCUUCUCUGGAUCGGAGUAAUAUUGGAAACGCGAAGAUUGCUGGAAUGGAAGAUGAUCUUCACCUGAGCAGCGAUCAGUACUCGUGGCUACUCACGAUAUUCUAUAUCUCGUACACAGUCUUUGAGUUUCUCGCCUUAAUGUGGAAAAUUAUCCCGCCCCAUAGAUGGGCUGCAAUCACCGUGAUGACAUGGGGAAUCGUUGCCACAUGUCAAGCCGCGGCUCAGAAUUGGCAGGGCAUGAUGGCUCUGCGCUUCCUUCUUGGUAUGGGAGAAGCGGGCUUCGGUCCCGGAACUCCCUUUCUACUCUCGUUUUUCUACCGUCGGCAUGAACUGGGUCUUCGCUGCGGUUUAUUCGUCUCCUCGGCCCCUCUGGCGAAUACUUUCGCCGGCGCGCUGGCCUACGGGAUCACCUCCGGCCACCCUAAACUUGCUAGUUGGCGACUCUUGUUCCUUGUGGAAGGAAUCCCAUCCUGUCUCGCAGCCUUUUUGGCCUGGUUCUUCCUGCCCGAUCAUCCCUCGACCGCCCGAUUUCUGACCGAGGACGAGAAGGAAGUCGCCCGGGCACGGUCGAUACAGCGCAGUGGCGAAGGAGAGCGCGUUUCUGGGAUUGUCUGGAAGGAUAUAGGUCGGACCCUGUUGGACGUAAAAGCCUGGCUUGUUGCCUUGAUGUACUUUAGCUGCAACGUCAGCUUCUCGUCCCUCCCUGUCUUCCUGCCCACCAUCCUGAAAGACAUGGGAUUCACCUCGAUCAACGCACAGGGCCUUACAGCUCCGCCCUACUUUCUUUCCUUCCUCUUGACGAUCGCCACCACUUGGUUAGCCGAUCGAUUCCAGCAGCGCGGCCUGAUGAUCGCAUUCCUCUCCAUUGUCGGCGCCGUCGGCUAUGUCAUUCUUGCCACCUGCACCACCGUCGGAGUCCGCUACCUGGGCGUGUUCCUCGCCGCAGCAGGAGUCUUUCCAUGCAUCGGGAACAUUCUGCCCUGGUCCUUGAACAACCAAGGCUCCGACACUCGUCGAGGAAUGGGCAUCGUCAUUCUCAACAUCAUCGGCCAAUGCGGCCCCUUUCUCGGCACCAACGUCUACCCCGAAACCGACGGUCCGCGAUACAUCCGGGGACAAUCGAUCUGCGCCGCGUUCAUGUUCUUCACGACGAUUCUGGCGCUCUCCCUGCGGACGCUGCUGGCGUGGGAGAACCGUCGACUGGAUGAAAAGCACGGAAAGAAAGGAGAGAAGGACGCCACGGCGCAUACGGUGGCCGAGGACAAUUACGGGGCUGGGUUCCGGUAUGUGCUAUAGAUAGCAACCAUGGUUAUGAUUAUCGAGCUAGAUAGGUAGAUAAGGAGGCUAGGUAUCUACUCACGCAGUUAACGAUUCAAAUUCC